GGCAGUGGGUGUAUCGCUUUUUGUUUUGUUGUGUUUCUAAGAUAACUUUCUCUCCCAGCGCUAGCUUGUCCACUCCUCCUCCUGUGUGCCAAAGCCGAGUGUUGAUGGACUUCCUGAGCGGGAACGAGAAGGCCUCAGAGGAACUGGAAUCAAAGACGUCUCUUUUCAGGGAAAGAUCCGCACGACAGACCGGAGGAUGGUCCACCACAGGGAGGAAGACCGGAUCGGGAUCCCCUUCCCAAACCACAGCAGCGAUGUCCUGUGCAGCCUCAACGAGCAGCGGCGUGACGGCCUCCUCUGCGACGUCGUCCUCAUCGUACGCGACCAAGAGUUCCGCACUCACCGCUCGGUGCUGGCAGCCUGCAGCCAGUACUUCAAGAAGCUCUUCACCGUGGCUGCCGCGGGCCCCGAGGACGGGCGCCACCUGCACACCGCCAGCGCCGCCAUCUACGAAAUAGACUUUGUAACUUCGGACUCGCUGACGGCCAUCUUGGAGUUCGCCUACACCUCUACGCUGACGGUGACGACAUCCAACGUGAAGGAGAUCUUGAACGCCGCCCGGAUGCUGGAGAUCCCGUGCAUCAUAAACGUGUGCCUGGAGAUCAUGGACAGUGGGGGAGGAGGCGGGGAGAGGGACAUCGAGGAAGACGACGAGGAGGAGGAAGAAGAAGCCGAGUCCAGGAAUGAAGAGCAGGAGGAGGAUGACGACGACGAGAGGUCGCUGAGGUCAUCGGAAAGCAGGGCGGGGCAUCUAGGGGCGGAUGCGUCGCCGCCCCCCAGCACCUCCUCCUACCAGGAGAUGUCAGCUGACCACAUGAGUGGAAAGCAGGAGACCUUGGAGAAUCGUGCCCUGAAGGACUUCUCCAUCGCCUCGCUCCUCCAGGACGGCCUCUACCCCCGCAUGUCCGCCUUGGACAGGAGGGCCAACUUCUCCCCGCUCCUCCCCGCCUUCUACCCCUCCAUGUGGGCAGCGGACUUCCCGGGAUUCCCACAGAGCUUCCUGGACCACAGCCUCCAUCAGCACGCUCGCACGGGGGCGUCCCCGGCCGCCUUCCUGCCCCCCGCCGCCCCCACCCCUCUCAAUCUGGCCGUCAAGCGAGAGAUCAUCAAAGAGGAAAUGAAAGAGGAAGUCCCGCCCAGUCUGCUCCACACUGACUUCCUGAAGGAGUUUGUCAGCGCCUCGGGCCCUGUUGCGCCGCCCUCGGCGGUCAAGGAUGAGGCGGACUUACGGUCCUACCUGAGCUUCCUGAACUCCGCAUCCCAACUGGGGGCGCUCUUCCCUCCCUGGCAGCUGGAGGAGGAGCGGAAGAUGAAGCCCAAGUCUUCGCAGCAGUGUCCCAUCUGCAACAAGAUCAUACAAGGUGCCGGGAAACUACCGCGACACAUGAGGACGCACACGGGGGAGAAACCUUACAUGUGCACCAUCUGUGAGGUGCGCUUCACCAGACAGGACAAGCUGAAGAUCCACAUGAGGAAGCACACGGGCGAGCGGCCGUACAUCUGCCUGCACUGCAACUCCAAGUUCGUGCACAACUACGACCUGAAGAACCACCUCCGCAUCCACACCGGCGUGCGGCCCUACCAGUGCGAGCACUGCUACAAAAGCUUCACGCGCUCCGACCAUCUACACCGACACAUCAAGAGGCAGAGCUGCCGCAUCUCCCGCCCCCGCCGGGGACGGAAGCCUGCCGCGUGGAGGUCUGCGGCGCCGACAGGUAACUUCCUGUGCCCGCCCUCCACCAACGUCACCACCGGCGGCGGGUUCAAGUCGGCGUACGAGGAAGGGAAGAACCGCGGACUGGGUUUCAACAGAGAAGAUGACAAUGAAGGAGCGGCGAGGCCGCGAGGCGUCUUCGCCUUCGCCGUGACGGGAGAAGACGUACUCACCCGAUCACCUUAUUAUGCGGCGACCUCUGACCCCUGGACCAUGAGACUGGAGCGAGCCCCUCCCGUCCCUGAGACGGCCACAUGAAGACCUUUUGAGAGACAAACAAAUCGGUGAACUUCCUAAGACUGCUAGCGUUUGAUUUUCCGCUAUAAAGAAGAAUAUCAAGACUUUUUUCGAUGUUUACUGGAAUAUUUGGAUUUUUUAAAAAAAAGGCAACGACGCCUUCAGGUUCAGGAAAAUUACAGCGCCUGUUCUUGUAUCGGCAUUAGUGGCAACACUGAAUGUAAAACAUUUCAGACAGGAAGAAUCAUAAAUACACACAAUAAAGCAAAAACUAAAGUCAUCCAAAUAAAGCGCUCCACUGCACUAUUGUACAUAAACACACCACGGGGUGCUUCCUUUGCAGGGGAUGGCAACACUUUAAUACAACACUAUUUCAGCGCUAAAUAACCUCUCCAUAAGGACGCUUUCUGGGCUUUCUGGGCUUUCUGGGCUUUCUGGGCAUUCUGGAUGCUGGUCUACUCUGCUGCCAA